CAGCAUUUCAAAAAUUUGUGGUGCCCAUUAAUCCAGCGAUUUUAAUAUCAUCAAUAUGAUCAUAUACUUGCUCACACAUUCGCGGUUGUUCUCUGCAACAGAAGGGAACAAAGAUGGAAUGCCAUUGCCUUACUACAGAUGUUCAAUUUAUUGGCCCUAAAUUACACAAGUCACCAUCUCCAUUUCCAAAUCAUUUUCUUGGCCAUAAAUAUCAGCCGCUAGUUUACAGGCAUAACUUACCAUUCGAUUCUUUGAGAACAACUCGUAGAGCCAUUAUUCUCGCGGAAGCUGGAAAGCAAAGCUGGGAUGUUGGUAGAUUUUUGAAAACACUGUAUUUCUUUAACGGGCCACCAUCUCCUGUAAAGUUUAUUGAAUUUCUCAUCGAGAAAUUGUCCAGCUCGUCACCUCGUGAAGCUGUUAAGGCAAUGGGGACUUCUGAGACUGUGCUGGUGGCAGGAGCAACUGGUGGUGUUGGUAGACGAGUGGUGGAUAACUUGCGCAAGAAGGGGAUUCCCGUUCGAGUGUUGGUCAGAAAUGAAGAGAAAGCAAGGAAAAUGCUUGGCCCAGAUGUUGACUUGAUUGUUGGGGACAUUACAAAAGCAAGCACAUUGGUGCCCGAGCACUUUAAAGGUAUAAGAAUGGUGAUUAAUGCUGCAUCUGUGAUUGUUGGCCCAAAAGAAGGUGAUACUCCAGAUAGGGCCAAGUAUAGCCAGGGAAUCAAAUUCUUUGAACCUGAGAUUAAAGGUGAUUCCCCUGAAAUGGUGGAGUUCAUUGGGAUGAAAAAUCUGAUCAAUGCUGUUAAGGAAACUGUUGGACUUCGUAGUGGAAAGCUGGUUUUUGGAUUCGAAGACAAUUUAUCUAGAGAACUCGCUUGGGGUUCUUUGGACGAUGUUGUAAUGGGAGGAGUUAGUGAGAGUACAUUUUUCAUAGAUCCUAAGGGAGGUGAAAAUGAUGAUCGACCCGCAGGAAUUUUCAGAGGAGUUGUUUCCACUGCUAACAACGGAGGUUUUACCAGUAUUAGAACAAAAAAUUUCACAGUACCAGAGGAUUUAUCGGCAUAUGAGGGUCUCGAGUUACGUAUUAAAGGUGAUGGCCGUCGAUAUAAACUCAUUAUUCGAACAAGCCGUGAUUGGGACACUGUUGGGUACACAAUAGGGUUCGACACAGCAAAGGACCAAUGGCAAUCGAUUCGCUUGCCGUUCUCUUCGUUGAGGCCUAUAUUUCGAGCACGGACCCUCAUGUUCAGCAAGUUCGAGUAUGAUGGGAAGAUAAACCCGACUUUUGUUGAAGGCCCUUUUCAGCUUCCAGUAUCGAGCAUACGAGCCUAUUUAAAAGAGCCAAUCACUCCCAGGUUUGUGCAUGUAAGCUCAGCUGGAGUCACUAGACCUGAAAGGCCGGGCCUUGAUUUGAGCAAGCAGCCUCCAGCCGUUCGUUUGAACAAAGAAUUGGGUUUCAUUCUCACGUACAAAUUGAAGGGGGAAGAUUUGAUAAGAGAAAGCGGAAUACCGUAUACAAUUGUGAGGCCGUGUGCUUUAACCGAAGAACCUGCUGGGGCUGAUCUCAUCUUUGAUCAAGGAGAUAAUAUAACAGGGAAGAUCUCCCGGGAGGAGGUUGCUCGAAUAUGCAUUGCUGCACUAGAAAGCCCGUACGCUUGUGACAAAACAUUUGAGGUUAAAAGUGUCGUCCCAUUCAGCGAGCCAUACACAGUGGACCCGAAAAAUCCUCCUCUGAAAAAAGAUUACAGUGUAUUCUUCAAAGAUCUGAAAGAAGGUAUUACAGGGAAAGAAAGCUUAGAAACACCUGUUCCUGUCUAGUACGUUUAAGUUUUGUAAAUGUAUUAUGUAUAUUUCGCUGUACAAUAUGAUAUCAGACAUGUAUUUAUUUUGUUCGCUUACUCUUUAAU